AUGGAGGGAAAACAAGAUAUGAGCGAUAGUGAGGGUCCUCUAAUAGACGACAACAUCAUAAGAAUCCAGUUAAGAAAACCUGGUCAAAGAAAAUGGGAGCUACGAACGAGAAACCACUCCCCCAGUGUGAAAUUUCCUAUUAUACAACUUUUCGAUAGCGAUGGAAAUUUGCUAGUCGAAACAAAUGACGAAAACAUAUCAAUUAAAAGUUCUGAUUUUGAAGAGCAUCCUUUACAAACCACUCAUUCGUUACAAGAGAAAGAUUUUAGGCAUUAUAUUAAUAAAAAUGGCAUUAGAAAAAAUAACACUAUAACAGGUUUUAAGAUAUAUACACGUGUAUACAAAACACCCCCAGUAACAGAUGAUAAUGCCAAGAACUGUAAUAAAAGUUACGUCAUACGAGAUGAUAGUAGUGUUGUAAACAUUCCAAGUAAACUCACAUUAAACAACAACUCAACAAAUUUACAUACAAAUAGUCUAGAGACCAGCCCGUUUCAGUCCGAGGGUAUUAGUGACAUAAGCAGUUACAAAAGUUCCGACAAUGAAACUUGUGAUCUUGAAAAAGUAACCCAACAAAAUGAACUAAACAAAACUUUGAGUCCAAUUGAAAAUGAUGCUAUCGCAAAUAAGGGCUCAAACUAUUCCUCGAUCUCUUCCUUGAGCGACGCAAAUCCAUCAUCAAACGACGAUAAAAAAAAUGACGUAUGCGAAAUUGGUUUACAUAAAUCUCGAUCAUUCAAUGACAGUGCGCUGAGAGAUGCGUCAAAUGAAACCGGAGGGGUUACAUUAUCGCGCUCCAAGUCUGGAGCUGCUUACAAUCCGCCACACAAUAAGAUAUCUUUCCUGAACACUUACUUAAAAAGCUUGCCCGCCAGAAUGAACUCUUAUCCGGAUUGGUUUACUUUGCAGCGGCGGCGAACAAUUGAAUCUCCACAAAAUUCACGGGUGCCAGUGAGAAGGUGCGAAUUGCCUAAAAUCUCUUUGGAAAAAAUCCAAUGCCCCUGUAAAAUGGACGAUAACACGUCCGACAAUGAAUUCAUUAAUAUUCCAACAGACUACGCCGCAGACUUUGAAAUGAAAAAACGCUUGAAAAUGUUUAGACGUGGGUUAUCGGAAAUCGAGCCGGGGUACAGGGAUCGAACCGUAUUUACAGAAGAUCGGAGGCACUCGGUGAGUGGAAUGGUGAGGGCCGCCCAUACUUCGUCCUCAGAAAGUGUAGAUGAGGCUGACGUAGUGCUCAGUCGUUUGAAGAGGAGGAUACUCAAGAACAAGAUUAGGGAGAAAAGACGGAGCCUCGGCGAGAAAUUUCAAUUAGGUAAGUAUCGUUUUACUCGUUCGACCUAA